UAUGUUCAAGAAACUAGAGGAUCUUUCCAAACCAACAUUGCUAUCUAAAACUGGAGUUAAGGAAUUAAAGCAAUCAUUCAAUGAAUAAUAUCCUUUUUUCAAAGAAGUUGAGGAUGAAAUAUUUCCUAAGAAAUCCAAUAUCUAAUCAUUUAAAUUAAGGAGUGAAUAUAAAGUUGAAAUAGUCUAAGUUGAUAAAGAUUAUAUUUGUUUCACAAAAGAAGAUUUAGUCAUUCCACAUUUGAAAUUAGUCCAUAAAUUUCCAGAUCUAAUUAUAAAAUAAUAAGUUGAUGCAGGAGCAAUUAAACAUAUUUUAAGUGGUUCAGAUGUUUUAGCUCCAGGGCUGAUUUCUUAAGGAGGAUAACUAAAUUAAGUAUGUUAUUAAAUAUAAAUUUAGGCAUAAAAAGGAUAGGUUGUAGCUAUAUAUGGAGAAGGAAAAGAAAAUGCUAUGGGAAUAGGUAUUAUGAAUGCAAGUUCUGAUGAAAUAAAAAAAGAUCCAAAAGGUCAUGCAAUUUAAUUGUUACAUCAUUUAGGGGAUGCCUUGUGGUAAUUAAGUUUCAAAUGAGUU